CUGAAUUACAUCGUACUUUACCGACUAUUUGAGAUAGGAUUGUAUCUAUACUUUCUGCUGAAUAGAACUGUCAACUACAAAAUGGAAGAAAAAUUGUGUUAAAUUGAUGAACCAAUAUCUUUUAAUAUACUAGAAAUUGUGUCCAGAUUUCAUUUUUUUGUGGAAAAUAAGGGAAGCAAAAUGCUCACGAUGAACAUCCUUCAACAGUUUUGUAUAAUUUCCCUACUUGUUCCAUAUGCCCGCAGUCAAUACGUUUCGUUCCAGCAAAGUGCGCCAUCUAGUAACAUUUGCGAGAACACUAGCAACACGUCUCUAGUAGAACACUUCUUCAACCUUAUAUUUUCCGAGUUCCACAAUCAUCCGCCUGUUUGCGUCUGCGUCCAAAUGUGCGCUGAGCAACCAACUUAUUGCUACCCCAACGGUUGCUACAAGAAAGCUGAAGCCAGAAGGAAAGCUGAGCCUGUUCCGGUUCCUCAAAUGCAAGUGUCUCAACUCCAAACUGAUAAGACCAAACCAAUGUCCUUCCUUGUCGACGAUCAAAGCGGAUUCAUGGAGAAUUUGUUGACAAACAAGUAUGUUGCUGAUAACAAGCCGGAUAGAAAACCACUUCACGAUAAGGAGUCCUUCCAAGAAUUGCACCGAGACCCCUUCAGAGACCGUUAUCAAUCAAUUUUCAAAUACAAGAAGACACCGAAGGUUCACCUUAGGUACAACUUGAGAGAACAAGUGAAACAUAUGAAGUCAGACGUUAUUAAGAUUGAGAAAAUAGACGUGUCCAAGACAAGAUGGCCGGCCGGUGAAAAGAAGCAGUUCUUCCUUGAGACACAAAAUGAAGAAAAAACUGGAGCCAAUCCUAACAAAUUCUUCCCAGCGGUCAUGUUAGAUAAUGGCCCAGUACAAUAUCAAUCCAAGUUCUUCAAGAGAGAUUUAACUAAAAAAUACGCACCUCCUGAAGACAACAUAGAUGAAGUAGAAAAAUUAGUUACAAACAAAACUUUUUCACUAGAAAACCUGAUUGAAAACCUAAUAGAAAGUAGCUUUGGGCCGCUUGUAAAUGACACUGAAUUGGAUUUAAAUGUAAAUCUAGAUUAUGCUUUAGAUAAUAAUAACAGUGCGACAACAAUAGAACCUAUAACAUUGCCCAAUAAAAGAAGCAUUUUCGAUAAAAACAUGAUGAUAAUUAUAAAUGAGACAACAAACGUCAUGGGUCUUAACGAGACAAAUCAAAAUUUAGACAUGAAUAAGUACACAGACGAUACCAAAAAUGAGAUGUUUAAAAAUAUUUUUAACGAUAUGAUCGCGUCGUUAUCAAAACAUAUAGAGAAAAAUAAUAAUAAUAGUAUGGAAAUGAUGGAGCAUGUUCUUGGUCAUAAAGUUUAUGAUAAAACUGAAAGACCCGAGGCACCCACAGUGGAUGAACUGCAUGUUGAUAUUACCACUAGCGAUAAUGGGAGAGGAAAUAGUGUAGAGGCUGCUAGUACUGGUACUACCGAAGCACAUGUGGAGUCAGUCACAACAAAAAGAGAUGAUUUCAUUUUACCGAAAAAAAGUCACCAGAGGCUUGCAAGAAAAUUACACAAUAGCAAAACAAAUUAGUAUUAAUAAGACGGAAAUGACAAUAAAAUUGACGUCUGAAGUGCGAUUAGAUUAAACUUCACAAUUAAAAAGGUCACAAUUCUGUCACCUAUAGACAAAAUUAAUUAACGGACUAGACCUAAUAAGUAAGUAAGUUAAUAAUAAGUAAGUUUGCGUCCUCUAACAUGAUGGACUAAUGUUAUGGGCGAUAGGCUGAUCCCUUAUCACCAUAAGGUUCAUCAUAUCCAUCUUAGGACUUCGUAUCAACAGUGGCUGCAAGUUGUCUUUGAUUACUUGUGGCUCUGCCCACCCCAUUUGGGAUUACGGGCGUGAGUUUAUGUAUGUAUGUAUGUAUGUACCUAAUAAGUAAGGUACUUGCGAUAAUGAUAGUACCUACGUAAUUAUAUGUGAAUAUUUCCAAUUUGCUCCAGUGGUUUGACUUGGGUUAAUGAAGUCGUUUGAUAGACUUAAUGGGAAAGCAAGA